AUGCCUCUUCGCUCCCUAUAUCUUGCCAAGUCCGGCGGAAGCGCGAACCAACGCUCUCAUUUCGCCCUCUUCAUCCCGACCGCAGAAUAUGAUCGGGACACUAUCAGUGAAGACUUCCGAUCUCUCAAGGCUAUUGGCACAAGGAUUCAUGUUGUUGGAGAACCUCUGAUGUCUGGCUUUGCAUUCGAGGUUCAUAGGAACUACAACACUCAAGCCUACUCGGACCUGAAGCAGUUGGUCUUUCUUGGGGAGAUCGACGAUUCAAUCCUUCACAACUACCCAGAAAGAUCGGAGAUAAGAGAGAAUACAACGAGAAGUCUUCUCGAACGAGUUGCUGAAUCUGUAACUCCCCCUCCUAAAGGACAAAAUAUACGGGCGCCAAUCGAUGGGAUGAAUACAAAAAGAUGCCAGGAAUAG